AUGUCUCUUACAGUAGAGAAAACCACCGCUGGCCGUGAGUACAAGGUCAGAGACCUUUCUCAAGCCGAUUUCGGCCGUCUUGAAAUCGAGUUGGCCGAAAUCGAGAUGCCCGGACUCGUCUCCUGCCGGACCGAGUUCGGACCAUCCCAGCCCUUCAAAGGAGCCAGAAUCACCGGAUCUCUUCACAUGACCAUCCAAACCGCCGUCCUCAUCGAAACCCUAACAGCCCUCGGCGCUGAAGUCCGUUGGUGUUCCUGCAACAUUUUCUCAACUCAAGACCACGCCGCUGCCGCCAUCGCUCGUGACAGUGCUGCUGUAUUCGCCUGGAAGGGUGAAACCCUGCAGGAAUAUUGGUGGUGUACUGAACGCGCUUUGGAUUGGGGUCCCGGUGGUGGUCCCGAUCUGAUUGUUGAUGACGGUGGUGAUGCUACUCUCUUGAUCCAUGAAGGUGUUAAAGCUGAAGAGCUUUUUGAGAAGACCGGUGAGGUUCCUGAUCCUAGCUCUACUGAUAACGCUGAGUUUCAGCUUGUGCUUACCAUCAUUAGAGAUGGGUUGAAGACUGACCCUCAAAGGUUCCGUAAGAUGAAGGAGAGGCUUGUUGGUGUUUCGGAAGAGACUACAACUGGUGUUAAGAGGCUUUAUCAGAUGCAAGCUAGUGGAACUCUUUUGUUCCCUGCUAUUAAUGUCAAUGACUCUGUCACCAAGAGCAAGUUUGACAACUUGUAUGGAUGCCGUCACUCUCUUCCAGAUGGUUUGAUGAGGGCUACUGAUGUUAUGAUUGCUGGGAAAGUGGGCGUUGUCUGUGGAUACGGAGAUGUUGGAAAGGGUUGUGCUGUUGCCUUGAAGCAAGCUGGUGCUCGUGUGAUUGUGACUGAGAUUGAUCCAAUCUGUGCUCUUCAGGCUCUCAUGGAAGGAUUCCAGGUUUUGACUCUUGAUGAUGUUGUCUCUUAUGCUGAUAUCUUUGUUACCACCACUGGUAACAAGGACAUCAUCAUGGUUGGUGACAUGAAGAAAAUGAAGAACAAUGCCAUUGUUUGUAACAUUGGUCACUUUGACAAUGAAAUUGAUAUGUCUGGCCUUGAGAACUACCCUGGUGUGAAGCGUAUCACCAUCAAGCCUCAAACUGACAGGUGGUUAUUCCCUGAGACAAACACUGGUAUCAUUGUAUUGGCAGAGGGUCGUUUGAUGAACUUGGGAUGUGCCACUGGACACCCUAGUUUUGUGAUGUCCUGCUCUUUCACCAACCAAGUCAUUGCUCAACUUGAGUUGUGGAAUGAGAGGAAGUCAGGAAAGUAUGAAAAGAAGGUUUACGUUUUGCCUAAGCAUCUUGAUGAGAAGGUGGCUGCACUUCACCUUGGCAAGCUUGGAGCUAAACUCACCAAGCUUACUCAAUCACAGGCGGAUUACAUCAGUGUGCCAGUUGAGGGUCCUUACAAGCCAGCUGCCUACAGGUACUGA